AUGAGAGUUCCAACUUCGAUAUUACGACGCAAUGUACUCAAGAGAGGACCAUUGCAGGUCAAGCCGUUUAUUAUAUCCAGAUCUUUUCACCCUUCAAUUAAAAGGCUCAUAGAUUAUGACCCGUACCAGAUAUUGGGUAUAGACAAAUCUGCAGAUGCGAAGCAAAUCAAGAAAGCUUACUAUGAUUUGGUCAAGAAAUAUCAUCCAGAUGUGAAUAAGGAGAAGGAUGUGGAGAAGAAGUUUCAUAAGAUACAACAGAGUUAUGAAAUUUUACGAGAUAAAGAAAAGAAGUCACAAUAUGAUCAGUUUGGUCCUAGUGCAUUUGAUGAGAAUGGAAACGCAAAUCCGUUUGGUGGAGCAGGUGCUGGAGGUGCAGGAGGUGGGAACCCAUUUGCCGGUUUUGGAGGUGGUGGCUUUGGUAGAGCUAGUAGUGGUGGAAACCCCUUUGGAGGAAUGGGAUUUGAUUUUGAAGAUUUAUUUAGAGAAGCAUUCGCUGGAGGAAGAGGGUCAGCAGGUGGAAGAGCAGGCGGCAGUAGAGCACAUUUUGUUACUGAACAUGUAGGUGAUAACGUUGAGGUUUUAAAGCUGGUACCUUUUAAGGAUAGCAUUUUUGGCAGCAAAGUAACAAUAAACUACAAGGUUGUUGACUCUUGUGGUACAUGUAGCGGCAGUGGGUUGAAAAAGGGCGCUAAAAAGAAAACCUGUCCCACAUGUCAUGGAUCUGGACAGACGACACAUGUCAUGGGUGGUUUCCAUAUGGCAUCCACAUGCCCAACCUGUCAGGGAACUGGAGUUUCUAUUUCACGGGCGGAUGAGUGUGGUACUUGUCACGGAAAUGGAGUACAGGAGGUGCCAAAGUCCACCACGAUUGAUAUACCGCCAGGUAUAAGCGACGGUUCAAGAAUCCGUAUUCCAGGAGCUGGUGAUGCACCGCUUGUGACAAAGGACGAGUACAAUCAAGUCCGUAAUGGUGAUUUGAUUAUCAGAGUCAGUGUGCAAAAAGAUCCUGUUUUCAAACGUGAAAAGAAUGAUUUAGUGGUGAACCAAGAAAUUUUAAUGACAACUGCAGCACUAGGCGGGGAAAUCGUGGUGCCAACUUUGGAUGGACAAAAGAUCAAGUUGAAAGUCAGGCCAGGUGUGCAAUCAGGUAGGAAAUUGAUUAUACCAGAAAAGGGUGUGCCCAUCAACAGGAACUUGGAUGACAGAGGCAACCUAGAUGUGGUGCUUAAUGUAAAGACUUUAGUUCCCGAAAAUCCAACACAAACUGCUUUGCUCGAGGCAUUGGCUGACGCUUUCAACGAUAAAAAUGCGAACCGCACUGAUGCAGAUUGGCGGCUGGAACUUGAAGAUAGCUUGAAUAAUGAGAAAUACGAGGAAGUUGAUGAGAAGGACUUGCAUCCUUCGAAAUUGGCAAGGAUAGGUAAGGUGUUGGGCAAGUUCUUCAAUUUUGACGCGGAUAAACUGAAAAGGGAUAACGAGAAAUGA